UAUAUAAUCUUUCCUGUCCAAAAAAAAAUGAAAAUGAAAAUAAUAAUAAUAAUAAUAAAAACCCCAAUUCGAAUUUCCAUCAAAAUAAUCUAAGGUUGAAGCUUUUGAUUAAAUUUAUUGCAUGGCGGAUCCAGAGGAUACCAAAGCCUCAGAAAUUUUGUUUUCGGGUUUCAGUAGAGAGAUGGAGAUGUCGGCUAUGGUUUCUGCUCUGACCCACGUCGUUGCCGGAGAUGUGCCAGACACCGAUGCUUCUUAUGAUUCCACCUGGAGCUCCUCCUCUGUUUCUGCUUCCGCUGCACCUUCCGCCCCUCAUGGCGGCGGUGGAUACAAGAGAGGCCGAACGCUGGCGAUGGAAGACGGUGGCUCUGUUUCAAAUUGGUCGUCUUCCUCUAUAAUUUCGGGAGAUUCAAGCAAUGUAGUGAUCAUAAGGCCACAGACAGGGUCGGUGACGAUGGAAAAUUCCGUUUACGAAUACAGCGGAGAGAUGUCAACCUCGGCGGAAGAACCACCGGCGAAAAGAAAAUACAGGGGCGUAAGACAGAGGCCAUGGGGGAAAUGGGCAGCCGAGAUACGAGACCCGUACAAGGCGGCGAGAGUUUGGUUAGGUACUUUUGACACGGCGGAAUCCGCCGCACGGGCUUAUGACGAAGCCGCUCUCCGGUUCCGAGGUAGUAAAGCCAAGCUUAACUUCCCGGAAAAUGUCCGUCUCCGGCAGCUUCCGACCACCGAAUCUCCGGCGACCCAUUUUAGCAAUUCGAAUUCUACGAACACCCUUUUGUCAAUUCCGACCAAUUCCGAACCGAUUGUUCAUUAUCGGCCAACUCUUAACCUGCAGAGCUCUUCCGAUGCUUCGCUGGCGAACUACCUCAAUUUCUCAGGCGGUCAAUUGCAGACGCCGAUCGACAUGUACAAUGAAAUUAACUUCUCAUCUUCAACAUCGAUGGCUUCCCAUUCUUAUUCUUCUUCCACAAGACUGACGAAUUCUCAAUUUUCGUCUUCGUCGUCUUCUUCGCCGGUGGUCUCUUUCUUUCCCUCCUCAGUCCCUUUCCGGUCGUCGGAACAGCGCCAGCGACGAUGAACAUCAUACGAUUUCAGAUUGGUCUGAAUUUUUUAAUCACGCUGCCUCGUCGAGAUGAUUACGUUAUUUGUUUGGAUUUCCGGUCGAGUUAGGUAAUGGAAUUAGUAGAGUGGAGGUUGAGACUUUUUUUUUUCUUUCCUUUUUCUUUUUCUUUUUCCUUUUUUUUUUCUUUUUUUUUUUCUAAUAACAAUUUGGUGGGAUUUUUUUAUAACACAAUUUGAGGGAUUUAGUCAUUGGGUUUUAAUUUUAAAUUUGAUAAUUUAUUUUCUAAAUUGAAAAGCAUAAGUCUUUCCUCAUUUUUCUGGUAUGGAAG